AUGACAACCGUUGCACCGGAACGUGAGUCAAAUAUUCCGGUCGGAGGGACAGCCUCACCGCAGCCAGAAAUUGCGUCGUUAUUGCCAUCGUUGCUGUGGAUUCCGAUUGUCUUGGGGGCAGUUUUCCUGCUUCUUUUGAUCGUGCUGAUUCUUGUUUGCUGUUUAAGUAAACGCAAACAUCAGAAAGCUGUUCCAUCAGAAUAUGUCUCCAAAGGAAUGCCAGUUGUAUUUCCCGAAGAAAUUCCUCAAGAAGACGAAGCUGUAACGGUAGCCACGCCGAUGUUGGUCCGAGAGGAACGACCCCCUCUGAUAAUACCGACCACCUCGCCGCAUCCGCACUUUCAUGACAACCAUCUCUAUAAACCCCCACCCCCUCUUUCGAGCACCUCAAGUCCUCGACCACGAAGUUCGGCCACUAACCAACGACUUCCGCCACCUUAUGUGCCUCCUUAA